AUGCUACCUCUCUUGCCCUUGCUGGCUGGCAUCACGCCUGUGGCAGUCACCGCUGCAGGUCCAUCGGCUUGCUCGAAUAUUACUUCCCAGCUAGGCUCAACCAAAGUUACCAGUAAUGAACUCAGUGUCAACUAUGUGGAGAGCACUGAAUGUUGGAGCACGCUCCAGGAUGCCUACAAACCCUCCUGCGUCGUCUAUCCCAAGACUGCUCAGGAUGUUUCCGUGGCUCUCCAGGCGAUCCGAGCGGCGGGCAGUCGCUUUGCCAUUAAGGCUGGCGGACACAAUCCAAAUACUUUCUUUUCAUCCGUCGACGCAGGCGUACUUUUGGAUCUGAGCAGCAUGACUGAAAAGUCAUACGACCCAGAUACAACGCUCGCCACGUACCAGCCCGGUGGGCAAUUCGGCGAUAUAUACGAGUACUAUGCGCAGUAUAAUCGUACCGUGGUUGGAGCGCGAUUGGCGGGCGUGGGAACCGGCCUAGCUCUGGGUGGUGGAAUGAGCUAUCUUUCUCCUCAAUACGGCAUGUCCUGUGAUUCCUUCCGCGAGCUGGAAAUCGUCCUCCCCGAUGGUCAGAUUGUGACCGCGUCCGAGGAUUCCAACCCCGAUCUGUUCUUCGCGUCUCGAGGAGGUGGCGGAAACGCGUAUGGAGUGGUGACCAAAUACACCGUCCAGAGUCGGCCUGCCGGAGAGUUUUGGGCUGGAAAUCUCAUCUAUGCCUUUCCUCAAAAAGACAAUGUCAUCGAAGCGAUCGGAAACUUCAUCCAGUACAACACGGAUCCCAAAGCGGCCAUUAUCGGCACUUAUGAGAAGCUGGGGACGCCUGAUCUGAACCUGAAUCUGGACGAGGCCAUUAUCAUGUUCCUUGUCUAUGAUGGCCCCGACCCAGGCGAUGCAUUCACCAACUUCACCAGCAUUACUCCCAUCCUCGACACUACCGGUAUCAAGACCUACACCGAGGUAGUCAACAUGCCAAUCCCAAUGUCCAGCGAGAUUUCGCGUGGGCCCAACAUCUUCCGCGUUGGAGUUCACCGUGCGGGUGAUGGAUCGUAUGAAAACGCGCUGGAUGUAUGGCGCAACUGGGCCGAGGACAACAAGGGCAAAUACAUCCUGCUUUCACUCGAUUUCCAGCCAGUCCCCAAGAGUCUGACAGAUGCGAGCAAGGCCCAGGGUGGAAAUGCGAUGCAAAUGCCUGACGGCCCAUGCUAUCGGGACCUGGUAGCGUCAACUGGGAAUGCUGAGGGUCUUCCUCUAUUUAUCAAUGAUGCAAACUACGACCAGAACCCUCUGCAGACUUUCUCUGCAUUUGAAAAACUGCAAGAGAUCAAGAAGAAGUAUGACCCGGAUAACUUCUUUGCUGACAAGACCGGGGGUUGGUCAUUUGCGUAG